AUGAGCAAGAAGCAGAGCGUACACAUCCCCUUCCCUCAUGAUACUUGGGAUAUUAAUAUUGCGAUUUGUGGCCCUAACCGAAUAUUAUACACGAUCGCCGAUAUUGAAGAUCAGGUGCGUAAUCCCGAGCCGAGACUUGACUUCACUGGGAAAUUGAAUGUCAUUAUUCUCGAGAUGGGAUUGGUGGAACAGUGGCAGAAUCAUUCCUUUUGUUGCUUUGAGUGCUGUGGCAUACCAGUUUACGCCAACAAACCCAUUGCAAUUUGCAAGAAUUGCGAUGCGCGGCGAGAUUUGGCACUCAACCCACGUAUAAUCGGAUCAAUGAUCGACGAAAGCGGUAUGAUCAAGGCCAGUAAGCUCGUGUGGCACGAUGAUGCUUGGUCCCAACUCUUCUUUGGAGGCACAUCGAACGAAAUACAAACCGGGGAUGACCCGGAAACCAACCUCGUGGAGCAGUCGUGGGAAGAUCUGACAAUUCUCGGCACCGCUGCGCUUAGAGACAUCGAAGAACAACUGCUGUACGCACGCGUUACGCUGACUUUUGGUUGGUCGUCUCAACUCGAAAGACUCUGUAUUAUGGGAGUUGAGUGGUAG